GAAAUUCAGAUGAUGUUUCGGCAAGAACAGAGCAAAGUUCACUGUUGGAAGAAUGCUGAAUUCAUAAUUGUCCUAAGGCUUGAUGGUGCUGUGAAACUCGUCGGAGACUGCGAAAAAUUCGUUGGAAUGGAAGAAAGUGUGCGUGUUUCAAGGAGAUGGGAGGACUUGGACACUGAUAUCUUGGUGAAGAUCUUCCGGUGUCUCGACAUCAAUCAGUUAACAUCGGGCGUUGCUCAUGUCUGCAGUUCGUGGCGCAUGGCCUGUUGCGAUCCUCUGCUCUGGAAAACACUUGAUUUAUCAGCGAUGAGGUCAAAUUUUAUCAGAAUUGUGUCGGAGCCUUACGUAUAUGUAGAUGUUUGUUCCGAAAAGAAGUUGACCCGUUUGUUGAAGACAUCUUUGAGCCUCAGCCAGGGAAACAUACGGACCUUGAUUUUUCACUUCAAUCUGUACGUGAGCCAUGAGCAAUUGACAUAUACUGCUGAAAGGUGCCCGUGCCUCCGACGGCUUGUUAUGCCGGCUUGGAACAGAGUAAAUAGGACCGGAAUAUGCAAAGCGAUUUGCAUCUGGAAGGAUCUCGAUUCCUUGACAAUGCCUAGCAUAGCAAACCCUCGAUAUCUCAUGGAAGAAAUCGCCAAUAAUUGCAAAAAUUUCAGUGAACUCAAGGUGAUGGGACCUUUGGACAAUUCAUUUGUUGCUACAAUAAUAAUGUAUCUACCGAAGAUAAGGGUUCUGAGCCUCCGCUGCUCGAUGCUUCUGAAGGAUACCCUGAUCUCAAUCUUGGACGACUUACGAAACCUAGAAGUUCUUAACAUAUCUCAUUGCCUUGUUAUAGAAAUGCCACCUCGGCCUUCUCGGCUACGCGAAUUCGUUACGUGCAUGAAAGACUCUUGCAUCAUGUGUCAGCGUACCAGAAACGAUGAAGGGCUCAUGAGGUGGUACCAGUAUGAAGAAGGGCUAUGGAAAGCUGACAAGGUUACCUCGCUUUCACUUUGAUUUCAGCCUUUCACUCUGUAUUUUGUAUGAUUAGA